CAGGUUCUUGGUCGUGUGGGGUGCAUUACCAACACCCCCGCCAAUUGCGCGAUGCCUUCGUCUUCCAACACAUCUAACGAGCAGGUCAGGGGCUGCGGUUUUCAAUACAUCAGCUGCAUGGAUAUCGAGUCAGGGAGAUGCAGUUCAGAGGCUGGUGCACAUCAUUGUCUUCGCUCUGACGUUACUGGCGCCUUGUUCCAAAAUAGGAAGGUUGUGGUAAUGAAGUAACAUCGUGCAUGCGUCCACCACUUGGUACGAGUUUGCGCUGCGAUACGUAAUCAGCCUCCAAUCUCAACUCGAGUCCCACUCCAUCCAUCUGCUAUCACCCCAUGGCCCCUCUGCGUACUGAAGGGAUGGGUCUCAACUCAGUUCCUCAUCCAGUGAACCGCGAUACAUUCGCGUCUAAUGUGGCGUAUCCGCCGGGCACGAUUCUUCUCCAUGGGGAUGAGAUCGAGGACGAGGACCCGGAGAGUUUUUUUGAGACGCAACUCGGCUUCAAUGUUCUUCAUUCAUCUAUUGAGCCCAUUGACAACGACAGCACCAAAUCCCAUAGUCUCGCGCAGACAUCUGCUACUUACUCCACCAUCUCUGGGUUUUCGACUUUUUCUGGUGGAUCACUUAUACCGUUUCGGAGAGCCGGGUGCACAUAUCCCCUAAGGGAUCUCUGCGAAGAAGUCAUCGAGAAACACGUUUGGCUUCAAAUAGCAAGGAUCGUCAGCACAUCCUGCUAUUGUUUCUAUCGGAACUUGAUCCUACAUCGUUUCCUUCUCUUUCAAUUAAGGCGUCCGGAGAAAAAGGAUAUAUGGAUGCGGAUUGAUCGAACUGCUGGAUUGAGUUUGUUCCGGCUCAUUAUGAAACGUGGCAAAACGCAUAUCGGCGAUAUCUUCUCAGCGGCGAAGGAAGCGCUCAUUAAAAGAGCGCGCCGGGAGAAUGACCAAACAUUUAAAAGACUACCCUUUCUUGGUGAUUUUUGUAUCUUCUUUCGUGUUAUAGCCGAAGAAAUGCUAGAGUAUAAAACUUGGCCGGAGACCUCUUGGGUGUUCUGUUCAAUCGUACAGGAGUAUCUCGGGAUCUCAGGAGACGGACACUACGCAUUCGGCGGUCCAAUUACUCGUAACACGGCGCCUCUGAUUCGAAGCAGAAUAUUGCGAAUGGUGACCUAUGUAACACCGAACACGGUGAGCCACAUGUAGUACGAUUAAUCGGGAGGUUUUUGACAUAGCGGAAGAUCAUGGCGAAAAGCUACCAAGGGGCAGGUCUCGAUACCCCUCACUAUUCCCAAGGCGUCGAAUCUGUUCCUCACUUUUGUCCCGGCACAUCGGCAACACAGGAAACUUCCCCAAUAUCACAACACCCUCCCUGGUUUCUGGAACUUCUUUUGGAGCUUUCAAAAGUUGACGGUCGCAAUCUCACUGGGAGAAUAAACCAACAUAAGGUUUUAAAAGGCCAUGGUAGCUUUGGGAAAAUUUAUCAAGGAGUUUACGAAGGGGAAACUGUGUGUGUUAAGGUCCUGAAGGAAAUUCGGACUUCUGCGAGCGAGGGGGUCAUCACA